AUGUCUUCCACGCAAGGAACAGAUGAUGCUGAUCAUCAUCAAGGAAACGCUGCCAUCACAUCAUUGAUUAGUAGUAACAAUGCACCUCCUAAUAACAGAUUUAUUCCCUUCUAUAUGAGAGACGAUUUACCACAGAAUCGUCAAUCGAAAUCCAAGGUCAAUCAACGAAGAAGACGAAAAACCAUCCAGGAUGUUCUCCAACAGAAAUCAUCAUCAUUGUCGACUUCUUCGAAUCACCCUCUCCACCACACUAAUUCGGCUACUUCUCAUUCGACAGCAUCAUCAUCAUCCACAACACCCACUAACAUUCUUCCAAGACAACACCAACAACAACAAACAACAAUAACACCGAUUCAACCUCCUCAUCCUUCUCAGGGACAAACCCAUUCAUCACCACCAAUUCUACAACACCUACCAACAACACGACAUCAAGGUAUUUAUCCUCCUUCUCUGAGAGCCAGAUAUCCCUCCGUCUUGCAAUCUUAUCCUCAUUAUGUUCAAUUACCAACCAACCCUCUUCCUUUUCCUCCCUCACCCUAUCAAAUACAUCAACAACAACAGAAAGAACAGAAGUAUGAAACAACAGCAAGAGUGAAAUUCUCAACCAUGGUGGACACUAGUAGGUCAGGUGGUGGUGGCUCCUCCACAAUUUCAUCGAGUACACCUCCGCAAGGCUUACCUACACAGAGCCUCUCAGAAAUAUCGAACAAAUUCGGAGGCUUGAGCGAGCAAUACAGAAAUUCGGCUCUACAACGUUCUGCAUCGUCUUCAUCAUUGCUUUCGAAAAAUGUUUUAACAAAUCAUCCACAUCAACCUCCUCAUGAACAUCAAAACAGUGAGGAGAGUAUCUCGAUCAAGAAGAAUAGGCAAGAACCUCGUGAUAGUGAACAAAUUAAUGAGAAGGUUGUUGUUGGUAGUACUACGACCCAACCUCAACAAGAGCCCACUCCGUCAAGUAUUGCUUCGUUUCUUUCGAGUAAUGGCUCUAAAUUACAACAAUCAUCACAACCUCAAAGAAGUAACAUUCCCAACACAACGACAACUGCGACUGCGGCUACUAUUACAACAACAACAACAACAACAACGAAUAAUUCAUUAUUGGUUCCUACUUCUUCAUCUGUAUCUUCCUCCUCCUCCUCCUCAUCAACAACAAAUAAUGGCAAAGUUGGAACGGCUUCAGCAUCCUCAAGCACCGCUAUUCAUAAACUGAAAAGACUUCAACAACAAAUUCGGUCCUCCGACAAGGACCUUCAUGCCAUUAAUUCCUCAGCUCAAGUCUUAAAUUAUUUGAAAAUGGUUCAACAACAACAACAGGCUUACAUUCAACAGCGUUUAUUAUUACAAUCAAGUUCCAUUCCAAAUCUUAAUGUUUCUGUGAAUCAUAUUAAGGAUCAAUUGUAUUCUAACAUUAACAAUGCCAAUAGUAGUAAUAGCAGUAGUAAUAACAAUGGUGACAACGGCACAGAUAGAUCAUCACGAUCCUCCUCAUACUUGCCUUCCACUUUCAUACCCAGUUAUCAGCUGGAUCCAACAGUCGACAUGAUGAUCUCUAAUUGGGAAAACCAAAUUCGACAAACAAAACAACGUCAAAGGAUGCAACAAUUAUAUAGGAGACCCAUUCCAAAUCUUAGAUUGCCUCCACACCAAGAUCACAGCCAGUACAUGAUUGAUUCUUCUUCAAGUGAAAGUAGUAGUGGUAUGGGCUCUCAUUCAGAUCGAUCUGAAGCUUGGAUGAGUGCACGAUUCGGAGCAAGUACUCUCAGUAGCAGUAGUAGAGUGAGCACACGGUCGAUGGGACUAUCUCCACUCAAUUCACCAAGCUCGUCAUGCAGCAUGAUGAGCGAUUGUACAGCCACAGCUAAUGCGAACACUUCUUUUCAUGAUAAUAGUGACUUUCUCAUGAUUUCUCCUCACCAUCAACAACAAGCUCAACUCUCUGCCAGAUCUACUAGUAAUAAUAGUAGGCUCACUGCUGAACAAUUGUCUCCCGAAGAUGAGGAUGAGGAUGGUGACACUUUGAUGAUUGAUGACUCGUCACCUACUCUCGACCAUAAUAAGGACAGUAGCAGUAACAACAACAAAAUAUUACCAUCCAUUUCAAAGCUUAAUCUGCCGAUUAAUCUUCCUCCCCUUAAUUUAUUAUCCCUCUCCAACUCAAAUUCUAUAAGCAAUUUGACUGACACAACAAGCUGCAAUAAUAAUAUGCUGUCGGUUCAAGCUAGUAGUACCUCUGACAUGGAGGGAGUUAAAAGUUGUCCAACCACACCACAGCAUUCAGCUCGAGCAACGUUACAAGAAAAUUCAACCUCACCCUCUUCAGGAAUUCAACAAUUAUUUGUGAAUCCUUUCUCAUCAACGACCUCUGGCAGCAAUACUACUUUCAACUUUAGUGCAUCACAGCCCACCACUUUAGCUACAACUUCUGUACAGCCCAAUUCAAUAUCUCUUAACAACAACAAUACUACUUUACUCCCCUCACAUCAACAACACACCUCCGUGAAUAACAGUCAUUCUAGCAGUUACAUUCCUGAAGGGUUUAUUACACAAAGGACAUAUCAACAGCAUCAUUUUUCGAGGAAUACAAAGCAAAUUCAUCAUCAAAUUCACUCGUCACAAAACAUGUCGUCAAGAACAAGAGAUAAUCAUUUAGUGAAUGCUGAAAGUGUGAUUAAUUCUAACAACAAUUCAAUCUGUCCAUCACCUAAAAGACCAAAUCAAUAUCAUCACUAUUCUCACCUUACAAGCCCCAGAUCAUCAAAGAAAAAAAAAUUACAAGAAUCUUCUGAAGCAGCAAACAUCUCAGAUCCAAGUGAUGUUUUAGGAAUUGAUUUCAUUCCUGAUGAUUCUUCCAAUUCUGUACAACCAAACGAAGAUAUUCAACAACGAAUGAGUAUGCAAUUAUUCCAGGCGAUCUUUAGACAUACUCCUCUGCCUAUGUUUAUUUUAAACUCUAAAGGAAAAUUCAUGUCUGUAAAUCAUGCUUUUAUUUCCAUGCUAGAUUAUGAGAGUGAAGCAUGUUUUAAUGGUAAGAACGCCCUAGAAUUUGUUUACUCUGAAACAGACAGCAUUUCACUCAUGACACAAAUUCAAAAGAGUGCAAUAGAAGGUGGUAUGAACAACCAUAGUGCAAGUACUACCAAUAGUAGCCUUGUAUCUCCUCAGCAACAUUUUAAGAUGAACUUGAAAGACUCAAAUGGUUCACACGUACAAGCAGAAAACACAAUUUAUGUUCUUCGUGAUGUCAUGUAUGGAUCUGGAGAAUUUUUUGUUUUCACUGUAACCAGUUAUCAAUCGAGUAGCAUUUAA